AGGAAAUAGGAGAAAGCCCAACAAUGCUCAGCAACACCAAAGGCUACUCGCGCUUCUCGCGCUCUCUCGGCUACCACCGUGACGACCUCGCCACCCUCGGUCGCAUAUGUCUAGCCUGGAAGAGAACGGGCAAGUGCAAGGCCUACAACAAGGAACAGGAAGUCCGCCACACGCUUGCGGCAGCGAAGGAGGCGGAGCUGCGGAAGAGCGCGACGGCCCUCUACACCACGCAGAUGGACCUCGCCGCGGAUCUUAGCGGCGUGGAAGGGGACGCGACGCUGCUGCAGGGCAUGGCCACCGCACAAGCCGGCUUUUCCACCGACCCUGCCAAGAAGGAAGAGAUGAUUGACCGGCUGGUGGCUGUGCUCAAGCAGGAGCCGGCCUAUUUAAACUGGAGCCUCGACGCGGCGGUGGCGGAGAAGAUGGUGGAGCUGCACAUCGCACCCUGCCGCUUCACCCACCGCGGUGAGUUGGCCACGUCGCUGAAGCGCAGCCGCGGUGCGCAGGACAGAGAAGACGUGCGGGUAGCACAGCAGCAACACGAGGAGCAGCAGACGUCGCUGAAGAGCGUCAAUGUGGAAGGCGCAGCAGAGGGAGAGCAGCGGGGGGCCGCAGGUGGGGUGGCAAAUGGAGACGUCACGGCCAAUCGGCCCUCAACGCAAGCGGCGUCCUCGUCGCCAACGCGGAGCGGCUCAGCGAUGACGCUGAUGGAAAGGAUGCAGGAGGAGAAAUGGGCAGAGCAGCGGCACCGCAUUUUUCAAACGCUGACGCCGUUGCAGCGCUGUGUGGUGUGUCUGCUGUGGCAGCGCAGCUACCAGGUGGAGCAGGGCGUUGUGUGCGAUGUGCGACUCACGCUGGAGAGGCGGCUGACCGACGUGUACGACCGCACAGGGCGCGUCGUUGUGAAGGGCGUGGUGGUGGCGGAGCGGCACCGCACCACCGAGGAAGAAAAGGGGGCUGAGACGGCGAAUGGCGACGAGGAUGAUCCGCUGGACGCGUACCUGAGCAGCAGUGAAUUUGAAGAGCUGGUGGAGUGUGAAUCGAAGCGAGUGGUCACGCGCGUUGUGUUUCGGCCAGACUACGGCAUGGUGGAUCUGAGCGCGUUGCCGCUGCUCGUCGCCCACCUCAGCAGCGUGCCAGAGUGCGGGGUGGUACUCGCCCGCACGCUAACGUACUUCACCGGUAGUGCUUUAGCCCCGAGGCAGGGCGGACAGGCAGAAAGCGGCAGCGGCGGCGGCGUCGUCGCGACGGAUGACCGGCCUGCCCCGGCCGACUUCCACGGGCUCCUCUUCCCUACACGGCAGCCGAUCGCCGAGAAGGAAGUCGACCUCGGCGGCGCGGGACGCGCCAAUGAAGUGGUGGAGGCGGUGGAGUGGGCGUUGCAGCUGUACCAACGCGAGGGGCAGCUGCACGCGGAGAAGAGGGCCGUUUGGGAGCCACCGAUGGGGUCGGCGACUUGGUCAGCAUCCGCGGCGCAAGCAGCGACGACAACCCACGGCACACCGUCCCCCUCCCCCUCCUGUUCUUCGUUGACGCCGCAGCAGCAGCAGCCGCACGUUUCGGCGCUCUUCCGGCAUCAACGCAUUCGCCUUCACGGUUUAACGCUGAGGCACUGCAAAAUCACCUCUGCCGACGCCCUCGUCAGCGCAUUGCACAAGCGCAACUUGGAGCUCUUCAUGUACGCGUUGGACCUCUCUGACAACCGUCUCUGGUCGUUGCGCUUCCUACUCGUUCUGCGCACCCACUUCGCCGAACGUUUGCUGCGGCUGUCGCUGAAGAACAAUCCGAUUACGCGGAAGCCGGAGUACCAGGAGCAGGUUCGCCGGUCCCUACCGCAGCUCACUUCGCUCGAUGGGGAGCCCAUUCGCCGGCCGCCGCUGCGCCUGCCGAAGCCACUGCCGUCCUCCUGCACUCGCUCAACCGCCGAGGGGAGCCCUCCCAGUCGUGAGGUCAACACGCAGAGUUCGGUUGAGCAGCGGCGGGAUGAAAGGGAAGGAGUGGGGGAGGAGGAUGUGCAGGCCUCCGUGUUGGACUGUGUGGGGCGGCUGCUGUACAUCUGGGAAACCCGCCGCAUCCCGCACAUCAACCGCGAACUUCACGCCCGUGACCAAUCCGGCGAUGUGUCGCUGCCAGAGGAAGAGGAGGAGGAGUGGAACGAGGACAACUUCCCGCAUCGCUACCUGCACCCCGCGGCCACCUUCAGCGUCGCCGUGGCGCCUGGGUUGAACUUCUUCGACGCGGCGACGAUGCGGGAGGCGCGAUCCGUAGAGCUGGACCCGACGUACACGGGCAUGCGCCUCAGCGCCGUGGACCUGCGCGACGCACGCGUCUUCGACGUCGCGAUGAAGAACAGUUCCCGCAACCUGCUCGCCGGCCGGCCAGCGCUACAGCGGUUCGGUAAAGGCGCGGAGAACUGCUACCUGGCCUACCAGUUCACGCUCUACCCGGAGCGGAUGGAGGUGGAGCACCACGUGACGGAUGCGGUGGUCUCUGUGGCGCGAGUGGCGGACGUGGAUGUUCAAGCGGCAGCAGCAACAGCAGCAGCAACCGCCACCAGCCCGAAGAGCAGCACGAAGAAGACGCGUAAACACACGCCAAAGACGGACGCACCGCAACAGCAGCAACAGCAGCCAUCCAGCACGGCCGCGCGCUUCGGUGCCCGUGCUCGCGGCGCCGCCCUCACCCAGCACAUCGUCACCCUACACGGAACAAUGACGUGGAGGCUUCCCAGCAUGAAAGCCGGCGAGUGCAUCCGUGCGUGCUACACGCGUGUGUUGCUGCUGACGAAGAAGGUGCUGCCGGCGCAGAAUCGGGUGUGGGAGCGGCUGCGCAGUCCGCCGUACGUCCUCGUGAACGACGCCGUCUUUCUCUACCAGGCACCGGUGAGCCCGUCGGUGACGACGGCGCCGAGUGCGAUUUUCCGCGCCAACACCCCGGCCCGUCUCUCACGCCUCGUCGUGGAGUUUGGGUUAGAGGCAUGCGGAGACGGCGCUGCGCUGGUGAGAGACGUGGUGGAGCGCAGCACGAGUCCCGCUGCGGAGUACGCCGCUCUGCAGGCGCUGGUGCUGGGCGUGCUGGGGCCCCGCGUCACGGCGGCGGCGGCGGCCGAGGAGGAGGGGGAAGGGAAGGGGGAGAGGAGCGCAGCAGCAGCGGACACGGUGCCGUCGUCCAGCACAGCCGGCACACUCGAAGGCGAGGACGCGGCGGCGCUGCAGCUGGCGCGUACGGCGGCCGCGCAGCUCGCACCGGUGUUGGCAGCACACGUGCGCGCCACGGCCGUCUCGGCAACACCAGCGUCUUCCUCCACCGCCGCCCGCUCGUACGUCAUCUUCUCUGUUCUGGAAGGCGCGCAUGCGGCGGAGGAUGCGCUGGGAAAUGUGGUGGGAGGCAAUGAACCGCCUCAGCAGCAGCAGCACACAAAGAAGGAAGGAAGAGCGGUCAAGACGCACAACGAGGACAAGGCGGCCGUGGCGCACAGCAGCGCGGGGGAGCAGCAGGAGAACACGCAGAAUAUUAUUAAGGCGUGGGCAUCGGGCCUACACGUGAUUACUCGGUCGCUGCUGCGUGACGUGACGUCCAUCACGAACGCGUGCUACACGCACCUGUAG